AAGAGUCCGCCCUGAUGAAGACAAAAAAACGGCCUUUCCGUCAGCAAGCAACUCCGGACUGCUCCUUCUACUUACUGACCCAAGGUUUUACGUACUCGUGUUCCAAAAUACGGUGAUGAAUUACUCAGCAAUUACAUUUAGAACGAUAAUAGUAGACUACGCAAGGGACAAGGGUGUGCCCUUGGCUCAUGCCGAGUUGGUGGGAACAUACUGCGCGGCCUCCGACCUGCUUGUAGGCCACAUUGCGCUGCCAUACCUAUCCGACCGCGGAUUUGUGAACCGAACCUUGCUUGCGUCGAUAACGUUUGCCCUUCUUUCGGCAGCAAUGUUUGCCGUAAGCGUUUCUCGAGGUCUAGUAUCUUUCAUCGGCUUAUUUGCAGUAAUGUCCCUAUUCAUGGCGGCGACAUCGUCAUUCUCGCCAUUGUUGAUCACCGGUUAUGUUGGUCCUUGCCGGGUUCCCCUAAUCUGGGGUGCCUCAGGACUUGUGACAGGUCCUCUUCUCUUGGCGACACCCGUAAUAACUGGUAAGAGGGCCGCCGACAUUGCGGGCUCCCACCCUCUACUAAUCGGGGGAGACUUUAACGCCCAGGUCGGAGCGUGGGGCUACACCUACACUAGUACCAAAGGCUAUUUCAGGGACACCAUGGGCUCGUACGACAACCUCGUGCGCCUUAUUGCAGGGUUGGCUGCCAUCUCCGCAAUACUGAUUCUGCUCUUUAAAAUAACAGAAAAAAGGUGCCGGACUUCUUCAAGCUUCCAAUAAAUGUGAAGUCGU